CUGGCGGCCACAGGAGUGGUACCCGGGAGCAGGGCGGGGCGGGCGGGGUAAAUGGACGAAGGGAAAACAGGGCACGUCUUGGUAAUGCGCAGAUGGAACUCGAGGCGCUGGCUUUCAUUGUAAACAGUUAUAUCGCGAAUUUCCAUACACAUCCCGAUGGAUGCUCAGCGUGUGCGCACGCCCUCUGGGUCAACUAUCCAGCUACUGCUCCCCUGCCAACUCAUCUGCGGGCUUAGGCUGCCGUACGCAACGAGGUCGCGAUAACGCUUGCAUACUGAGAUCGGAGCAGUGAGACCGCGGGAAGAGACCGAGUAAAGAGUAGCUGCCACGCUAUUUCUUCUGUUAACAUUUGUUCUUCGAUAUGCGUUAGAACUCCGCCCUUGACGCGCAGACACGCUCUCACACUGAGCACUGGCCAGCCCGGCGAACGCGUCGGGUCCCUGCUCUGUGGAAGUAUGAAUAAUAUUGUUAUGAGCCCCAGCGGAGCUUGAGUAUGCGUACAAAUAAAAGCAAGGAAUGAGACGGUGAAGCGUUGCAAUAAAUAAUAUGGACAAAUACAAAUGGCGCACACCGUGGCCGAAACUGGAAGAUAGUAAGCGACAAUCGAGCUCAGGAAUCAUAAGCAACGUCCAAAUGAAUGCAACCAGAGGAGAGACAAAAUUCAUGAAACAAACAAAACUAAAAUGUCUGCGCAGUCGCAACAGCCCGUCGACGACGCGUUCUACCCGCAUUCGACGCCCAUGCCGGUCUUAUGCCCUCUCCCCUAUAUGCUCUCUUCGUCGCCGACGUCGCCCGUUUCCUCGCCCUGUUCGCCUACCGGCCCAUCUCCCUCCGCCGCUUCCCACGUCUGCUCGACUGCCGUGUCUUGAGCGCCAUCUGCAGUGGGCGGCGCGGUCCCUGAGGCUGCUUCCGUGGAUGCUCCGCUCGGACGGUACGUUACGAGCUCUCGUAAGUAAUGCUCCCUGGUCUCCGUUGUGUCCUCUUCAGAGCGAGCGUGGACCGGGCGCAGCAACCACUCGGCUUGUUCGGCGAUGUCGAGAGUGAUCGUGGUGCCGUCGAUGGUGUGCUUCGUCGGUACUGACAAGAUGUCUUCUCUCGUAACAGGAUUCUCAGGACGGGAAUUUCUCUCGAAUUGCAGUUUGCCUGAUUCGAGAGCCCAGGUCAGCUGCGAGCGGCGCAGCACAGAGCACAAGACCUUCUUCGCGCCCUCGGAGUAUUCAUUCUUCGGCCCAUUAUGCUUGAUACAAAGGCGGCGCAUGUGCGGGGAAUCAACGACGGCUCGCAAGCCGUCCCAAGGAAGGGUGUCCGCAACUCCGGCAUCGCCAAGUCGGAGAUCGAGAUCGAUGCUCUCGAUAUGCGCGAGUGGAGGCCCCGCAUCCUGGCCCACACUUGAUCGGCAAAACCUAACUACAGCGAUGAUGCCGGGGAGCGCAAUUGGACCUAAACCGAAUGAAAGGCAAUUGAUCCGCACCGCGUCUGGCAUAUCGCCAUCCAGAGACACGUCUACCCAUCCGGGUACCCUCGGUGCCAACGCAAGCAGUCCCUGGAGGGAUGUGUCCCAUGUGCGGUCGUCAAGGCCCAUGCGGCGCGCAGGGUCCAUGAUGUCUGCAGCAAGUGCCGCUUGAAUGGGAGCCACCAUAUCUUUACAAUAACG